AUGUGUAAACAAGAGGCGUGUGUUGUCUGCUGUUUGACUGUUUCGCAAGUGUUUGCAGACCAGAAUGAGCCGUGCUGGUACCGUCACGGCGAGGAGAAGGAGGCGGCAGCGGCUACUUUAGUUGGGGGCAAUCCAGACAAGGCUCAGAGGGGUUUAACAUCACAUGCUGCUGCAAACAAGGCCUGUGUGAGCUGUCCUGCCCACACUGCUGGAAUUCACUACUCAAGACUGAGUCAAGCAGUGUGGAUGGAGGAUUUGGAGCCAGAGGAACAGUUUCUGCAUUGUGCUCGGAAUGGAGACCUUCUUGGCAUCAAGAAACUCUUGUUGUCUAGAUCUAGGCAAGACAUUAACAUCAACUGUAAAGGAAAGAGCAAGUCUAAUCUAGGAUGGACGCCACUUCAUUUGGCCUGUUACUUUGGACACAGAGAUGUUGUGGAAGAAUUACUUAAAGCAGGGGCCGAUGUUAAUCUACCAAAUAGUAUCGGAGAUACACCACUUCACAAAGCUUCCUUUACAGGCCGAAAGGAGGUUGUGAUGCUGCUGCUGCACUAUGAUGCCUGUGCCACUGUCAUCAAUGGGACCGCUCAGAUUCCCAAAGAUGUCACUCAAAACCCUGAGAUCAGAAGCAUGUUGGAAGCUGCUGAGCGGACAGAGGAGAGAAAGCUUGGGAACAACCUUUUGGAAGCGGCAAGAGAAGGAGACUUGCCCACACUUACUCAGUUGCUCAGCAGGAAGAAGCCCCCAGACAUCAACUGCACAGAUCUGCUGGGUAACACGCCACUGCACUGCGCAGCCUAUCGUGGGCAGCGGCAGUGCGCCCUAAAGCUGCUCAAGUGCGGAGCCAGUCCCAGCUUCAACAACAAGCAGGGCCAGACAGCUUUUGACCUUGCCAAUGAUGCUGUGAUGAAGCAAAUUCUUCAAAGCGGCUCAAAUCGAGGAAAUGUUCGCCAUGUGAAGAAAUUUGAGGGAGCUCUGUGGAAGAGCUCGAGAUUCUUCGGCUGGCGUUCGUACUGGGUUGUUCUGCAGGAUGGGGUCUUGUCUUGGUAUUCCAAAGAGUCAGAUGCAGAAGCCAAUGUCAAAAGGCAAGGCUGCAAGCCGCUCACAAACUCCACCUGCUUGAUUCGAGCCAAAGACAACUGUUUCUUCACUAUCAAGUGCUUUGAUGAUAGUGUGCAUCACUUCAAAGUGUCAGCGCAAAAUGAUCCAGAGGCAACAAGAAAAGCAUGGCUGGACGCUUUGGAGGAACAUUCGGCCUAUAGCACCCACUACUGCUCUCAGGAACAGGGCAGCGAGACAGAAGACGAGGAUGAAGUGAUGUCACUCGGGGAGCUGUCAGAGUCACUACUGGCAGCCGAAAACAGUCAUAAAAAAUUGGAGAGGGAAAUGAAAUCCUUCAUGUCUAUGCUGAAAAAUGACGAGCUGUUUGAAAAUUUUCCAUCUACUUUUCUUCAGAAAAUGCAAGAAAUAUGCGACUUGUCCGGCGAAACAAGCUCCAACCUCAGUGUGUGUCUUAGCCUCUUCUCGCGGCAGGAGGGGGUGCGCAGUGUGAAAUUGGAGCAGGAGCUGGAGAAGAAUAAGAUCCUGUCCGAGGCUCUGCAGACACUGGCCACGGAGCACCACGAACUUGAGCAGUCGGUGGUCAAAGGAUCAUCGCCGCGCAGUCCUUUGAGUGAGGAUGAGUUUCACGACGCUGUGUCAGAUUCAGAGUCCGAGCCUUCGCUGAGUGGAUUUGAGACUGUAGCGAGUCAUUCGUCUGAGGAAGACGACGACGAAGACUCUGUGAUGUUCCAAAGCAACAGUCCGUCCACCAUGUUGGAUCAGCAUGUGGACGAGGACCAAAAUCAGCCCAAUGGAUUCUCAAACCACAGGACGAGUCUUCCUGCUCCGAUGUUUUCCAGAAAUGACUUCAGUAUUUGGAGUAUCCUGAGGAACUGCAUUGGAAUGGAGCUUUCCAAAAUUACAAUGCCUGUCAUUUUCAACGAACCAUUGAGUUUUCUGCAACGACUGACCGAGUACAUGGAGCACACCUAUCUGCUACAACAGGCCAACGCCACUCAAGACUCCAUCGAGAGGAUGAAGUGCGUGGCUGCCUUUGCUGUCUCUGCGGUGGCCUCUCAGUGGGAGCGGACGGGAAAACCCUUCAACCCUUUGCUGGGAGAAACAUAUGAGCUGGUCAGGGAGGAUCUGGGUUUUCGUCUGAUCUCGGAGCAGGUCAGCCAUCACCCUCCCAUCAGUGCUUUCCACGCCGAGGGUCUGCAGCAGGACUUUGUGUUCCAUGGCUCCAUCUAUCCCAAACUCAAGUUCUGGGGAAAGAGUGUCGAAGCUGAACCAAAAGGCAUCAUCACACUGGAGUUACUCAAGCACAAGGAGUCUUACACUUGGACAAAUCCCACAUGUUGUGUCCAUAACAUCAUCGUGGGGCAGCUGUGGAUAGAGCAGUAUGGGAACAUGGAGAUCACCAAUCACAGAACUGGUGAGAGGUGUAUCCUGAAUUUCAAACCCUGUGGUCUUUUUGGCAAAGAACUGCACAAAGUGGAAGGGUAUAUUUUGGAUAAAAGCAAGAAGAAACUCUGCUCGCUCUACGGGAAGUGGACCGAGUGCAUGUAUGUCGUCGAACCAGCCGCAUUUGAGGCCCACAAGAAAAGUGACAAGAAAACACCAGAGGAAAAGAAGAAUAAAUCGGGUGGAGAAGAGCAGGAAGAGGUGCCGUCUCCGAGUACAGACACUGUUCAGAUGAUCCCAGGGAGUCAGCUGCUGUGGAGGAUCGCACCUCGACCUCCCAACUCCACCCAGAUGUACAGCUUCACUUCUUUUGCGAUGCAACUGAACGAGCUUCACAAGGACAUGGAGGGGCUGAUCCCGCCGACCGACUGCAGACUGCGCCCAGACAUAAGAGCCAUGGAGAACGGAGACAUCGAUCAUGCCAGUGAGGAGAAAAAAAGGCUUGAAGAAAAACAAAGAGCUUCUCGCAAAAAUCGCUCCAAGUCGGAUGAAGAGUGGAAAACCAAGAGUCCUGCCCUCGGCCCAAGGUGGUUUCAACAGGGCCAAAAUCCACAUACCAGAUCCCAGGACUGGAUCUUCACCGGUGGAUACUGGGAGAGAAAUUACACUCAGCUCCCUGAUAUUUACUAA